ACCUGGGAGAUGAGUAUGCCACGGAAGCAUUGCAGACAAACGUUUGGGAGGUGUAGUGGAAGAAAGGCAAGAGAAACGGAGUAAAUGAGACCACUUUUUGUCCAGGUUAUUGAAGGACUUAUCAGCUAAAUAAAUCGCCGAAACAGGUCAUUAUAAUGCAACGGACACACUAUUGAAAUCCUGUCCAGGUGAUCAGUGAAAAGGUGGCUGCAGGCCCCUGCCCUGGACUGACUGACGGCCACUUGGGGAACAGAGCUGUCUCUCUCCCUGUAAGAACCCUGGACACACCAAGCUGCCCUCCAGCAUGGCCGAGGUGGCGAUUGUGAAAGAGGGAUGGCUCCACAAAAGAGGAGAAUACAUCAAGACAUGGAGGCCGAGGUACUUUCUACUCAAGAGUGACGGUACAUUCAUUGGCUACAAGGAGCGACCACAAGAUGUUGAUGCACUUGAAACACCUCUAAAUAACUUCUCGGUAGCACAGUGCCAGCUGAUGAAGACAGAGAGACCGAAGCCCAACACAUUUAUCAUCCGCUGCCUGCAGUGGACCACUGUGAUCGAGCGCACCUUCCACGUGGAGACCCCCGAGGAGAGGGAAGAAUGGACAAAAGCGAUUCAGGCUGUUGCAGAUGGCUUACAGAAACAGGAGGAGGAGAUGAUGGACUCCUCCCCAGACCCAAUGGACAUGGAGAUGUACCUGACCAAACCAAGACUCAAAGUGACUAUGCAUGACUUUGAAUACCUCAAACUCCUCGGAAAAGGCACUUUCGGCAAAGUAAUCUUGGUAAAGGAGAAGGCCACUGGACGCUACUACGCCAUGAAAAUCCUGAAGAAGGAAGUGAUCGUAGCAAAAGAUGAAGUGGCGCACACACUCACAGAAAACCGAGUGCUCCAGAAUUCGAAGCAUCCAUUCUUGACGGGCCUAAAAUACUCCUUCCAGACCCAUGACCGGUUGUGUUUUGUCAUGGAGUAUGCAAACGGCGGAGAGCUGUUCUUCCACCUGUCCCGAGACCGGGUGUUCUCUGAGGAGCGGGCACGGUUCUACGGGGCAGAGAUAGUGUCAGCACUGGACUACCUCCAUGCCGAGAGGAACGUUGUCUACAGAGACCUGAAGCUGGAAAAUCUCAUGCUGGACAAAGACGGACACAUAAAGAUCACCGACUUCGGCCUGUGUAAAGAGGGCAUCACGGACGGGGCGACGAUGAAGACCUUCUGUGGGACGCCUGAGUACCUGGCUCCGGAGGUCCUGGAGGACAACGACUACGGCCGGGCGGUGGACUGGUGGGGUCUGGGCGUGGUCAUGUACGAGAUGAUGUGUGGCCGGCUGCCCUUCUACAACCAGGACCACGAGAAGCUGUUUGAGCUCAUCCUCAUGGAGGACAUCCGUUUCCCACGCACCCUGGGCCCUGACGGACGCUCUCUCCUGUCUGGCCUGCUCAAGAAAGACCCCAAGCAGCGGUUAGGUGGUGGACAGGAUGAUGCUAAGGAGAUCAUGCAACACAAAUUCUUUGCUGGGAUUGAAUGGCAAGAUGUCUAUGAGAAGAAGCUGAUCCCGCCCUUCAAGCCCCAGGUUACCUCAGAAACAGACACGCGGUAUUUUGAUGAGGAGUUCACAGCACAGACCAUCACUAUUACGCCGCCGGGACAAGAUGACCACAUGGAGUCGUUUGAUAGUGAACGGAGACCCCAUUUCCCACAGUUCUCCUACUCUGCGAGUGGGACAGCCUAAACAUCCCCCUUUCGUUGCCCUGGUCCCACCAUUUCCCCUCACCCCACCAGACUGCACAUCCAACUAUACUGUGGCUUUCACUCCAACCUUUGUCAUCAGUGUUUCAGACAGUGCUCUUAAACAGACAUCUGCAGGUCCAGUAAUCAUGUGGGAAAAUAUUCCAAACUACAACAAUGAAAAACAACUGGUUGUUUCUGUGGCUUUCUAAAACUUUUCUAAUGCUGAGAGAAAUAACACUACUGUGCUUUUCCUUCUUGUCUUGAUGUGUACAAUCAGACAAGCGUGAUGUUUUUCGUUCAAGUAAAACCACAGUAUAGGAAAAAGGAGGCCAUGCAGCUAUGUGCUAUUUAUCUUUAGAAUUUGAUGGCUACAUCCUUGACUUCUGUUUCCAUGUGUCUGUCACACAUUUGUCACAUACAAUUCCCAAGGUAAACAUUUGCCCUAAAUGUUGGGGGGGGGGUAUAAUACAAAUAUUAUGGACCAACAGCAAUAACAAUUACUUUAUGUAGUGGUAGAUUAGUCUUUGAUAUUUUAUCAAGUCUUUCACACUACACUGUCAAUAUUUCACCAACACUUUGAAACUCUUUGGGCUGCAAUGAAUGUACCUAAUCAGUGCAAUGAAUACGUCUGCGUACCUAAUUGUUGCAGAACAUGAUUGAUUCUCAUACAAAUAUUUUCAUGAAUGAGAGUAUCAAAAUGUUUAUGCCUUAAAACAGAAGAGAAAAACGUGGUAAUUACAUGGUCUAUGGACUCAAUCUAAUUCAAAGAUUUUGCAAUACAGUGGCAGAGAGAAAGAAUGUUGGUUCUGGGAACAGGCAUAAUGUACCAGUAAAUGUUUUCAAACUUGUGGUCAGUGAAUCCCAAAACUGUCUACAUGGUCAAUAAUUUAUUAAUUUCCAAUUGAAAAGACAAGACCUACACUAAACCCCCUGAACUAUAUUCUUGAAUCAUGAUGACUUCCUGAUUUUUACAGCGCUGUCCAUAAGUAUUUGGACAGUGACACAGGUUUUGUUGUAUUGUCAUUCUAAUUCAACGCUUUGGAUUUAAAAUACACAAUGAAAAUAUGGUUGAAGUUCAUACACACAGCUUUGAUAUUUGCAUCCAUAUCGAAUGAACCAAUUAGAAUAGAAAUUGAUAUUUUGUACAUAGUCCUCCCCAUUUGAAGGUACCAAUUGUAUUUAGGCAACUGGCUGCCAGGCUGUCUCGUAUAAGGGAGGUGUGUUCGUUUGCAUCAUCAGUGAAUGUAAAAGAUAUCUGUGAAUGUGUAGUCUUGAUUCUAGGCUUUGCUUUUGGAUUCAGUUGCUAUUGUCUGGCAAAACGAGGACCAAAGAAAUUUCAGUGCAAGUCAUUGUAUUUUUGUUCCCCUAAUAUUGGAAACACUGUUCACGAUUAAUGGAUGUACAUACAAUCAAAUUACAGCAGACAGUCUGCACUUUAACCUUGUUGUCAUUGUUUCAUUUCAAAUUCAAUGUGCUGGAGUACAGAGCCAAAACAACACAACGUAUCACUGUCUAAUGUAUCACUGUCUAAAUAAUUACAGACCGGACUGUUCCAAACACAAACACUUGUUCCCUGUGAACUGGUCAGUCAGGUACUGAUCGUUUCUGCUCUAUUGGGGAAUCUUGUGUAUCUUCUCUCUGUUUUUUUCCCUUCUCUUCUACAGUAUUGGGUGUUUUCCGCCCAGUGCAGUCACUGCAACCUCAAUGAGGUCACAUAAACAAACUGGGUUGUGGUUCAGGGGGAUGUAAGUUGAUCUUCUCUAUAGGUAAAGGUGGGUUCCAUUCCCCUGUACAUGGUUCUGAGUUGUUAUUUAUAGCUAACCAGCAAUAGAAGUAGGUUUGACUGUGCCAAUGCUAUGCACUUCCCUACACCAACACAUGUAUAUACACUUAUUUGUACUUUUUACACUGCUGCCGGAUAAGACUGAAUCAGCAUCUCGCUAACCAUCAAUUCUGAAAGUUAUGAACUAUGAAAAGCUUGUUUGUGUAAUUUAGAAUCCCUAUACAGAUUUCUGUAGAUGAACUGAGAAUCAAGGAAAUGCUUUUUGUGGAAAAUCUUAAGUAAGCACAGUUUUCAGAUAAGUGUUUCCAGAAAACUGCGAUGUUUUCAUAUGACUGAUAAUCACUAUACAAAAGUUCAUCUUAUGUUAACGAAUGUGAAGGUUUUUUAUUUUUAUUUUCACCUUUCUGUUUCUCAAACAACUUUUCAAUUGUGAGAUCUGAUUGUUGCUUAUUCCUAUGCACCGCCAUCCUUUACUGUUGUCCUCUGAAUAUAGGGAAGUGUAUUUUAUACCUUUAACUUUUUUUGUACAUGCCCUUCCAUGUUAUUGAAAUUGAGGACACCAGCUUUAGUAAACAAAUAAUAUAAACUUUGUACACAGUGUUUAUACUGUUUUGUUUUCUUUAGAAUUGUUUAAAUAAAAUGGUCUUAACUAAA